AGAAGUUCAUUUUUUUUUGCAGCAUACUUCUCUUCUUUAUCAUCCCAUCUUCAAAAAGAAAGAAAAAGCAGAAAUCUUUAGCUUAAAUUUGAAGACUCUUCCUUUUACACACACACUCUCUUUCUUAAGAAGAUGUUUGAUCCUAAACACUCUUACACUGUUACACACCUGAAGAACAAGUUUCCCAGAUUCUCUUCUUCACUUUAAUACUAUUCUCUUACAUCAUUACUUAAAAACCCCAUCCAUAAAAACCCUUCUAAAAAAAAUGUUCUUCUACUUCUUCAUUAUACUCUAAAAAAAUUUCUAUUUUAGUCCAAAAAUUCCUUACCAAAGAAUCACUAAGAUGUUCACUUCUUUACCUUAUUUGGUAAAUUUGACAUUUCAUUUCCUCUGUUUUUUCCUCUGUUUUUUCAUAUCUUCUUCCACUGUAUUAGCCUCUGAUUAUGAAGCAUUGCUUACUCUAAAGCAAGGUUUUAAUAACUCAAAUCCUUCAUUAAAAAACUGGGAUUCUUCAAAUUCUACUUCAUUUUGCUUUUGGACAGGAGUUAAGUGUCUUCAUGGAAGAGUAAUCUCACUUGACUUAACAGAUUUUCACCUUGAAGGUUCUAUUUCACCUGUUUUUUCCACCUUAGAUAGCCUCAUUCAUCUGUCUUUAGCAGGAAACAAUUUUUCGGGCCGUAUCGAAAUCGAUAACUUGAGUAGUCUUCGCUUCCUCAACUUAUCAAACAAUGUGUUCAAUGGUGGGAUGGAUGAAUGGAACUUGUCAAGUUUGCCAAAUUUAGAGGUGUUGGAUGUUUACAACAAUGAGUUCAAAUCACCUCUUCCAAUGAUGGGAAUGUCAAGUUAUAGAAAACUUAGGCAUUUAGAUUUGGGUGGUAACUUUUUCUAUGGAGAAAUCCCAUCAAGUUAUGGGGAGUUAAUCUCCUUAGAGUAUAUGUCUCUUGGAGGAAAUGACCUACAUGGUACUAUCCCAAAAGAGUUGGGUAACUUGACAAAUUUGAGGGAGCUUUAUUUGGGGCAAUACAAUGUAUAUGAAGGUGGCAUUCCUAAGGAGUUUGGGAAGUUGGUUAAUCUUGUUCAUUUGGAUGUUUCAAGUUGUGGAUUAUCCGGUUCGAUACCGAAAGAGUUAGGGAAUAUGAGGCUUAUUGAUACACUUUACUUGCAUAUGAACCAUUUUUCAGGUGGGAUACCAAGAGAAUUAGGGAACCUCACUAAUUUGGUUAAUCUUGAUCUUUCAAUUAAUGCACUUAGUGGGGAAAUACCUCAUGAGUUUGUGAACCUUAAGAAGCUUAAAUUGCUCAAUCUUUUCAUGAACAAGUUACAUGGGUCAAUUCCUGAUUAUGUUGCUGAUGAUUUGGAUGAUUUGGAGACUCUUGAGUUGUGGAAGAACAACUUCACUGGCGAGAUACCGCGAAAUUUGGGACAAAAUGGCAAGAUUCAAGUGCUGGAUUUAUCUUCCAAUAAGCUUACUGGUACUAUCCCUUCAAACUUGUGUGCCUCAACCCAACUUAGUGUCUUAAUUUUGAUGAAUAAUUUCCUUUUUGGACCAAUCCCAGAUAGUUUAGGGUCUUGUAUAAGUCUUAUUAGGGUCAGAUUAGGCCAAAAUUACCUUAAUGGUAGUGUCCCAAAUGGGUUGAUUUACUUGCCUCAACUUAACUUAUUGGAGCUCCAAAACAACUAUCUUUCUGGUAAUUUGCCUGAAAAUGUGAAUCCUUCUUUGUUAAAUCCUGUUAAAUUAGACCAACUUGACAUAUCUAAUAAUCUUUUAUCUGGGAUUUUGCCUGUUUCUAUAUCAAAUUUCACUUCAAUCCAAUCUCUUUACCUUGAAGGAAACCAAUUUUCAGGACCAAUUCCACAGUCUAUAGGUCAACUUAAGCAAGUUAUUAAACUUGAUCUUAGCAAGAAUUUUCUUUCUGGUUUAAUCCCUCCUGAAAUUGGAAAUUGUGCUCACUUAACAUAUCUUGAUCUUAGCCAAAACAAUCUUUCUGGGUCAAUUCCUCCUGAGAUUUCUGGUGUUAAAAUCAUAAGUUACUUGAAUGUGUCUAGGAACCACUUAAAUGGUACCUUACCCAUGUCAUUAGGGUCCAUGAAAAGUCUAACUAGUGUAGAUUUUUCCUUCAAUGAACUCUCAGGAAAACUGCCUGAAUCCGGACAGUUUUCGGUCUUUAAUGCCUCCUCUUUCGUGGGUAACCCGUUACUUUGUGGUUCGCUCUUGAACAAUCCAUGUAACUUAACACAAGUACUCCAAAGUCCAAAUAAAAAAUCUAGCAGUGGUCAGUUUAAGCUCAUUUUUGCCCUUGUACUCUUAGUAUGCUCUCUAAUUUUCGCGGGAGCUGCUGUUAUCAAGGCAAAAUCCUUUAAGAAAAGCUCAGACUCUUGGAAAUUAACCACAUUUCAGAAGGUAGAUUUUACCAUCUUAGAUAUACUUGAAUGCAUGAAAGAUGGCAAUGUGAUUGGAAGAGGUGGUGCAGGAAUUGUUUACCAUGGUAAAAUGCCUUGUGGGUCCGAAAUUGCAGUUAAAAAACUGUUAGGUUUCGGACCCAAUAGGCAUGACCAUGGUUUCAAAGCCGAGAUUGAGACCCUUGGCCAAAUAAGACAUCGUAAUAUUGUGAGAUUGCUUGCAUUUUGCACUAACAAGCACACCAAUCUUUUGGUGUACGAGUACAUGCGUAAUGGGAGCCUAGGGGAAGCACUACAUGGUAAAAAAUUGGGAGGCUUCCUAGGGUGGAAUAUGAGGUACAAGAUUGCAAUUGAGGCUUCUAAGGGACUAUGUUACCUUCACCAUGAUUGUUCUCCUUUGAUAGUUCAUAGGGAUGUUAAGUCUAAUAACAUACUCUUGAACUCGAAUUUCGAGGCACACGUAGCAGAUUUCGGGCUAGCUAAGUUCUUGGCCGAUGGUGGUGCAUCGGAGUGUAUGUCAGCAAUUGCUGGAUCAUAUGGUUAUAUUGCUCCAGAAUACGCAUACACAUUAAGAGUGGAUGAAAAGAGCGAUGUUUACAGUUUUGGAGUGGUUCUCUUAGAGCUGUUAACCGGACGACGUCCCGUUGGUGAUUUUGGAGAAGGUGUAGAUAUAGUGCAAUGGUCAAGAGUCCAAACAAAUUGCCGCAAGGAAACUGUGCCUAUUAUACUUGAUUCACGGUUAACAACAGUACCCCAAGAUGAAGCCAUGCAUUUGUUCUUCGUUGCCAUGCUAUGCACCCAAGAAAAUAGUAUUGAACGUCCAACCAUGAGAGAAGUGGUUCAAAUGCUAUCAGAGUACCCUUACCAUGCCAUGGGACAUCAAAAUGCUCCUUCGUCUUCAUUACUCAAUAAUAAUAUUAAUAAUAACAAUAAUAAUACUAAGCAACAACCUAAUAACGAUGCUAAAAAAGGUUAAAGGUUGCUACUUGUGGUAUAAGGGUUUUUCCUUUUCCUACUUUUGGGAAUUUUUUUGAAAAUUGUGUCUAGAAAUGUAGUUUUGUUAUUAAUUAUUAUAGUCUUCUAUUGUGGAAAAUUAAUAUGUAAUUUUUUUGUUUCUAGUUUCAUUGUCUAAUUAGAUUUAGGCAUAGAGUGAAUAUUGGUUAUGGAAUAUAUAUAUACGAAAUAAUUUUGAUCUCA